AUGGCAAAUUUACCACCAAAUAUCGAUUUUGACAGGCAUGAGUGGGCAGCUAUGGCUGAUUUCACAGGCCAAAACGUCUAUUCUACCAGCGCUAAUGCUUAUGGAUACGCGAAUUUAAGAAUUUAUAACAAAGAAGCUGUAACCAGGCUAGAGCACACUCAUGAACUUUUUAUAAUACAUCAUACUGUUGCGGCAGAUUCACGUUGCCAUGGGUUCAAUACAUCAAUAGGCUCUACUGACAGCUUUACUGGUAGCAUCAAGAUUAGCGGUAGAUGCGGUAUCAUUAUCUGCAGACCUGGUAUGAUUAGCUCUAUGGUUCAUCUCAACGCCAGUGAUGAAAAGAUUAUCCUAAAAACCGGGUGUAGAAUUGACAACGAUGUUUACAUUGGUCCUGGUGUAGUGAUUGGGAUCGGUGUACAUGUCUGCGCAAAUGUUCGGAUAGCUGGCGACACAGAGAUCAGCAAUCAUACAAACGUGGAAAGCGGCGUGAUUAUUGGCUGGAACGUACGCAUUGGCGCGAAUGUAUUGAUUGGGCAAAACGUCGUAAUCGGAAGGAAUGUUGUGAUUGGAAUAUCGGCAGUUAUUGAAAUGGGUGUUGUAAUUGAGGACAAUGUACGCAUUGGAACCAUGGCAAAGAUCCCGAGGAUGGGGAGAAUAAAGGCUGGCACGAAAGUUGGAGACAAUGCUAUAUACUCUCCUCAGUAA